ACUCUCUUUUUCUUUUUUACUAAAAAAAGGGAAAAAAAUUAAUGGGUCCAUUUUCUUCCACUACUCUUCCUAUGUUUUAGCCAUGGUGCAAAAAAAGUACCAUUAAAACUCCAUUUUUUUGCUUCUAUUUCCUGUUUUCCCACCAAAAAUUUCGUUAAAAGCUUCGACUUUUACGAAAUUUUUGACGGGAAAAUUCAAUCUUUUAUGUAACAAUCUCUUAUUUAUGUCAAAUUAGUUCGGCAGAAAGAGAGACUUGAGAUCCAGAGAAGGGAAAAAAUCAUAAAUUUCAUAUUAAAGUUUCAGAGAUUUUCUCUUCUGCUGAGAUCAAAUUAUCAUCAAUCUCAUGGGAAUGGCUAGACCUCGAAGAAUUCGAAACAGGGAGCCAAAAAAACAUUCAAAUUUCCUAUCUCCUCUGUCUUCUGCCUUAUCUGAACUUCUAUUGAUAAUCCUAUUAUACCUUCAUGCCCUCUUAUCCUAUUUAGUCCAUAAAUUUGCGCGCUGCCGAAAACUCCGAACCCCUUGCAUGUUAUGCUCAAGGCUUGAUCGAAAAACCCCAGAUUUCUACAAAGAACUCUUCUGCAAUGCUCAUAAGCUCGAACUCUCUUCAUUGGCAAAUAGACCCCCUCUACCAAAGAGAUUCCAAAGAAAAAAUAUCACUGAGAAGUUUGGAUAUAAUGAGUUGAAGUCUGAAGCAGAGUCAGAAGGAAUUUGUUCUGUCAAUCUUGUGAAGGAGGAAUUACUGUCGAGAUGUUUGCAAUCUGCACCGAAGAAUUUUGUUUCAGAGGAGAUUAUUGUUGAAGAGAAGAGGAUAAAUCCAUCACCGAUGUUGGCGGAUAUCUGUGUUUCUGUUCCUGAGAGAAGGGUUGAAGUUGAUGCUCAUGGCUUGGAGGAGAUUAACUGGAAUCAGGUUGAAGUGAAGCCAGCGUCUGAGGUUUUGAUUGAACAAGUUCCUGCAGAAAAUUUGAGCACAAAAUUAGAUGCUGCAGACAAUUGUAGCGUUACUUCAAACGGAGAUUCUAUCAAGCCUUUGAGCUCAGUCAACAUAGCCUUAAAAACAAACCAAAUAAUGAACGAGAAGCUCGCCUCUAAUAGCACAGUCCCCCUUCCAUCUCCAUCCUCCUCUGACUUGCUCACUGCCAAAGACUCUUCCAGAAUCCCUGAAGAUCUAAAAUCAAGACUCACACAAAUCUCCACAUCUCGCUGGCUUGAAUUCCCAUGGAAUGAUAUGUCUUCAACUCCCCAAACAAAUUCACAACUCGAUGAAUCCAAGUUAUCCGAUGCUUCAAGCUCUAAUGGGUUUCCUUUCAAUGCUAGGAGAUCCAUAGUUGAUAGAUGUGAGUCUGGAGUUGAGUCUUUAGAUGGAAGCUUAAGUGAAAUCGAAGGAGAAAAUGUAGAGGAUCGGCUCAAGAGACAAAUUGAAAUGGAUAGAAAAUUCAUUAGUGUUUUGUAUAAAGAGUUGGAGGAAGAGAGAAAUGCUUCUGCGAUUUCGGCGAAUCAAGCAAUGUGCAUGAUUAAUAGGUUGCAAGAAGAGAAGGCAGCGAUACAAAUGGAAGCUUCACAGUAUUUAAGGAUGAUGGAGGAGCAAGCUGAGUAUGAUGAAGAGGCACUUCAAAAAUUAAAUGAUUUACUUGAUGAUAGAGAUAAAGAAAUACUAGAUCUUGAAGAGAUGGUCAAUAGCUAUAGGAAGCAAUUUGGUGGUGAACCGUUGACGAGCAGAGUUCUUGAAGAGUCAUUUGAUUCCGAAGAGAGGGAAUAUGCUGAGUAUACUCCUGUUAGCACACCGGGGAUCAUGGGAUCUAGUGGCUGCGAUAUUGGCAAAGUUCUGAUGAGGAACACAGUGUUGGAUUUCGAAGAUGAGAAAGUUCAUAUCUCAGAAUGCUUGAAAAGAUUUGAGAGAAAGCUUAACAUGUUUUCUAAUAAAAAUUCAGUAUUGGAGGAUGAACCGAUGGACAAUGGUGAAAAUCUCAACGAUAGAGGCUCACUUGUUAAAGUAUGCUCUACUCCGGUUAAGUUCUCCGUAAAAGAAACUCUCAUCGAACGGAGAUUACGUUCAAAUUCUUGUAAUGGAAGGCAGUAUUCUAUGGGAGUCAAGAAGAAUGAUAUAGUUGCUCUUGGAAAUGAAAUUUCACAAUUAAGUGAGAGGUUGGAGGCACUUGAAGAGGAUAGGAGUUUUCUUGAGCAUGCCGUUGGUUCACUUAGAAAUGGGAGCAAUGGAAUACAAUUUGUUCAAGAAAUAGCUUGCCACCUGCGAGAAUUGAGGCAGACUGGGAUUACGCAACAAGAACAUAUUGUUACUUGAGACAUCUUGAUCCAUCUCAAAGGUUUCAAUCAAAUGAAGUUUCUGCUCAAUCUCAACAUUGCACUGUUCUUUCUUUCUUUGAUAACAACAAUCAGGCACUUCCUAUUACAAUUUCACAACAAAUGAAUCCCUAAGUAUUACAAUACCCAGUGCAAUAUUGUGGGCGUAGCAUGGUGGAUUAAUCUUCUUCUUUGUUCUUCUCCUAGAGGUUAAAUAUACUUUGGUGAUUCAAUACUGUGGAGUUGCGCAAAGGGCAACCUGUAUGUAUACAUGGAUAGGUUAGGUUACUGUUCUUCAUCUUUUGUACAAUUCUACAGCAGAUUCAGAACAAGCUCGAAAGUUUCGAUUUUUCCUUGUAAUCUUAACCUGUGCUAAAUUUUCAACUUACUCUAUCAUGCAUUCUUCCCAUUCUUUGCUAUGAAAAGGGAUGAAAGUUGUAACAAAUCCCAUCACAUAAGAUGAAAUUAUGUGACCAGAUGAACUCACGGGUCUCUUAUGUAUAUUCUGAUCACUUGUAUGUGUUCAAAAGUUGAAAGAGAUUACAAUGUUUUAUAGAAAAUUGAUGUAGUUGUAUGAACCAUUUUGAACAUAGGAGAAUUUGUUGCAUUUAAAGAAAAUACACUAUGCUUUCGGCAUAUUGUGUAGGUAAUAUGUAUAUUGUUUG